CGAUGGUACAGUAACUCACCAGCAGCUGUUAGAGCUACUAGCAAUGAGUGGAGGAGCAGGAGGGGGAGGGGGAGCAGCACCCACUGGUACCGGAGGAGGUGGCAGUUCUAACAGAAUGGAUAUACUUCAUGGGCGUGGUCCUGGGUUAGGUGCUGGGCAUGUCAUUCCAACUGACAGAGCACAACAAAGACCACAGCUCCAGAUAGGUGACCUUCAAACUGCGUUGGAGUCGUUACAGAUGCCCCCGCCCCCAGCUGGUGGAUCUGGUGCUUCUCCUUCUGGUAGGAGAGAGGAGGGAGAGAGGGAGAGUGGCCUCCAGUUGAAUGAAGUGCUUACCUCUGAAGCUUUGCGUCCGAUAGUAAGAGAGGGUGAUAUUGGUAGUGACCUUGCCCCUCACUUACCACCUACUAAUGAGGACACGGAGACUGCUCUUACUUCACCACAGUUUCAACAG